AUGAAUGCCAAAUCUUCUUGUCUCGUGGGAACAACCAACAGAAGUAACUUUGAAUUUGUCUGCCCUGAAGAGAAUGUGGAUGUCACGCAACUGGGGAAUCCUACGAACGGAACUUUAGCUCCGGCGAACAAUGGCAACGUAAGUUCGGAAGCGGAAGCGAAUGUAGGUAUGAUUGAAAAUGAUUUACCUACGUCUUGGGUGGUGCUUAGUCGUUCAUGUCGAAUUGCUGAUGGGUCUCCGCAUACACCCCAAGAGGGGAGCAGACCUGAUCACCAGGAAGACGAAAAGGGGGAAUCCACACAGCAGGAGAUGGAGCAGCAUGCGGAAAUACAAGAGUGCUCCAUGCGCAGCUCAUUAGAGCAUCGCACAACCACUCUGACCUCGUCCUGGUUCGGGACGUGUAACAGCAGUCUCCACGCGGAUAUCGAGAGGUCGGAGGUGGGACCCACCACGCCGUUCAACCCAUCAUGGCACUCUACCUGCACAGAAAAUAAUACAGUGGAAGCCAGCGACAAUAGUCAGCCCGCUGAUGCCACUUUGUCUUCAAUUGAAGACCUGCGUCGCUCAAACGACAUCUUACGUGCGCUGUUAGCUCAGUCAGACAAGGUCGUUGCUCAAAGUUUGCUCGGAAAGGAAGCCGCUGCACGGGAGUUGGGGGAUAUGCGGAGCACCCUGUCGGCGCUGUUGGCCAAUACGGAAAGCCGCAGUAAUAUCUUCCGUGGACCUCGUAGUCGUCGGCUCCAUCAGCCUGCGGUACCGGAACAGUCAGAACCACCCAAUGAAAAUCAACCGUUUCAUUUGUUUGGUUGGCUUCAACAGUUCCUCUUCGGGGACUCUGAAAGGGAGUCACAAGACUCAGGCUCAUCGCAACGUGAACAGGAGGAUCACACGCACACUGACGAGCAUUUCGAUAUAUUAGAUUCCCCGCUACCACUCAGAGGGGGGUUCAGCUGGAGGAGCCAUUUCGAUACCGCCAGAAGGUGUGCCCAACGUGGUAGGAAUCAAGAGGCGUUUGCGUCACUUCUUCUUGGUAUCACAUCAGAGGACUUCUGCGAAUGGAACCUUCUCCUAGAGGAGAAUGAAAAGUGUAAUUUCCUCUCUGGUCCUCAUCGCCUGCGUUGGGAUUGUAUUAUUGCGGACAAGCUUUGCGAGUUUCUCUGGAGUGAUAAGGUUGUGGAAGUCAACGGUACGCUGCCACAUGAAGAACCUGUUACCCCAAACCCUGAAAGGCCUAAUCCGGUUGCCAUUGCAGAUUUUGUUUUGGGUACGAUUGCACGCCAUUUUGGAAAUGGCAGAACGGAUGGGCAAAUGAGCCAAGAGAUGCCAAGUGCAGGAGCGGAUGGUGGCAGUGAUUCCGAAGACCGAACGCGCAACUCUCUCGGGACUCAGCAGCCAUCGCCACCAUCGCCCGGCCCCCCAUUUAGGACGCUGGAAAACAUUCUGUCCAUCGCUACAUCCAUUUUCCCUUCUGAUGUUUCGCUGCUCUAUGCGCAGGCCUCCUUGUGUGCAGUGUUGGGGCGACAGGAAGAUUCUAUUCGGUUGUUAAACGAGGUUAUCGUCCGUGAGCCAGGGUGUUUGCUGCGCUACGGAGGUUGUGGGGUAAAGCAGUGA